AUGUCAGAUCACUGUCCGCUUCUUCUAAAUACUGAUAUCGGAAGCAAUUAUAUGGGACGUUCAAACUUUAAAUUUGAAGCAUGGUGGACUAUAGAGGAGUCUCUCGAAAGAGAAAUUAAGACAACAUGGGAAUCUUCCACAGAAAAGGACGAUGAUACGAUGGUAAAAAUUAUUGAUACAAGAGUUCAUCUUAAUAUGGAAAUUGAUAAAGAUGACAUGUACUGGGAACAAAGGGCGAGGGCUAGCUGGCUUAAACUAAGGGAUAAGAAUUCAAGUUUUUUUCACAAGUAUGCCUCAACACGUCGGUGUAGAAACACAAUAUCUCGUCUGGAAUUUGAUGAAGAAGCAUAA